GAGGUAACCAAGCAGUAUCUGGCGCCGAGGCAACUCCGGUUUAUGUUUGGUACGGUUUCUCAACUCAUUUGAGAAGAAGCCCAAACGAAAAUUUCAGAGCAAAUUAUUUGUGUCAAAUUGGGAAAAGAAAGGAAGGGAAAUCUUUCAAGGAAUGGCUUCUCCACCGCCUUCAAAGCGAAGACGACAAGAUCGGACCGUUGAUAGAGAAUCGCCGUCAAAGUCUACGUUGACCCAAGGCAAAUCAUCCCCUGUGGUAGUCUUCGCUCAUGGUGCUGGUGCCCCCUCCUCUUCUGAUUGGAUGAUCAGAUGGAGGGAAAUGUUAAAGAAGGCGUUGAACGCCGUUGAAGUAGUGACAUUUGACUACCCUUAUAUAUCUGGGGGGAAAAGAAAGGCUCCUCCCAAGGCAGAAAAAUUGAUAGAUUUCCACUCAGAUAUUGUUAAAAAUGCAGUUUCCAAAUAUCCUGGGCAUCCUCUGGUUUUGGCUGGCAAAUCAAUGGGUUCAAGAAUCAGCUGCAUGGUGGCUGGCAGGGAAGACAUUGCUGCAUCAUUAAUUGUUUGCCUAGGUUACCCACUUAAGGGGAUGAAUGGAGCUGUGAGAGAUGACACUUUGCUGCAACUUACAGUUCCUGUGAUGUUUGUGCAGGGUACCAAAGACAGUCUCUGUCCCUUGGAAAAACUAGAAGCUGUUCGUAAGAAAAUGAAGGCAAUGACUGGGUUGCAUGAGAUUGAUGGUGGUGAUCACUCACUCAAGAUUUCAAAAAGGCACCUCCAAACAAAGGGAUUAACCCAAGACGAAGCUGAAGAUGCAGCUGUUCAGGCCAUUGCAUCAUUUGUUUCCAGGUCUUUGAGACGAAGGUGAUUCCUUCUGCUGCAGAGUGCAGACAAGCCUGAAUCCUUUUUGUCCAAGUUUCUUUUAAAACCUAUAGCAUUCGUUUGUCCCAAUGGAUUGCUAAGACCCAAGGUUUAUGUGCUCCUUUUUCCCCUGGCAUCGUACUAUUGUAUUAAAGUGUUGGAGCAGGCUGUUCUCUUUCAUGUCUACUACAUCCUGUCUGAGAAGGUUACCGUUCUUGUAAAGUGCUUGUAACCUGAAUACCUUUUAAUGGAGUUAAAAGCGUAACUGAGUUUGAAUGAAUUGGUGGCUGUUAUAAACUUGUAUGUACAAAACAUUUGUUUAUAUUGUUGGACUUCACUUUCGGGUA